AAGUUCCUUCAGAAUGGGCUGUCGUCCCUCAGACGCGCCUGGACAACAUCAGCGGCGGGUCAUGGAGAGGUGUCCGUAGUUUUAACAACCCCACGCACGUGGAUGUCUCUGUUGUAGACUCCUCGAUCCAGGUUUUUGCCGGCGGGAUUGCUGCCCUCACUCAACGGCAUCGACAGCAACCGUCACCUCCGACCAGAACCCACAGGGUGGGGGGCCGUGAGAGCAUCUGGCCAGCGUGGGCAUCGUACGCACCGCAGGGAAGAUGAAUAUCCAGGUUCUGCCAGAACAUAAGCUCUCGUCGGUGGCCCCGCUGAAACAGUGCAAUGUGGAGAAAAAAGAGGUAGAACUGUUACUGGUGAAGGACCAGAAUGGCGUCCAGUACACCAGUUCCUCCAUCCUUCCUACGCCUGGCUGCGGCGCAGGUCCUCCCGGAUCCACCACCGAGAUCGAACGAGAAACUUGGGGCAAGAAAAUAGACUUUCUCUUGUCGGUCAUUGGCUUCGCGGUAGAUCUAGCCAAUGUUUGGAGAUUUCCUUACUUGUGCUACAAAAAUGGAGGAGGUGCCUUUUUGAUCCCCUACAUUCUUUUCUUGGUCAUUGCGGGGAUGCCAUUGUUCUAUAUGGAACUUGCCUUGGGCCAGUAUAAUAGGGAAGGGGCAGCAACAGUUUGGAAAAUAUGCCCCGUCUUUAAAGGUGUGGGCUACACUGUGAUCAUCAUAGCACUGUACGUAGGUUUCUACUACAAUGUCAUCAUUGCCUGGUCCCUCCACUACCUGUUCUCCUCCAUGACACGCGAUCUUCCGUGGCUCAACUGUGGCAACAGCUGGAACAGUGAGAACUGCACCAGCCCAGAAUCUAUUAACGGAUCCGUCCUGGGAAAUGGAACUUCCUAUGCCAAGUACAAGAUCACCCCGGCAGCUGAGUACUAUGAGCGGGGUGUGCUGCAUCUCCAUGAAAGUAGGGGCAUCCAUGACCUGGGCCCGCCUCGCUGGGACCUGUCACUAUGUCUGGUUGUGGUGGUCUUCAUCCUCUUCUUCAGCCUGUGGAAAGGUGUCAAGUCCUCGGGGAAGGUGGUGUACAUCACAGCUACCAUGCCCUACGUUGUCCUUUUUGUGUUGCUGAUCCGAGGCAUAACUCUACCAGGGUCCAUGGACGGCAUCAGGGCCUACCUACACAUCGAUUUCAAGCGACUCAACAAUCUGGAGGUGUGGAUUGAUGCUGCCACACAGAUAUUCUACUCACUAGGAGCAGGAUUCGGUGUGCUCAUUGCAUUUGCCAGUUACAACAAAUUUGACAACAACUGCUACAGGGAUGCUCUGUUGACCAGUACAGUGAACUGUGUCACAAGUUUCUUCUCAGGGUUUGUCAUCUUCUCUGUGCUCGGAUACAUGGCGUACAAACAUGGGGUGAAAAUAGAGGACGUGGCAACAGAGGGGGCAGGACUGGUGUUUAUCAUCUACCCUGAGGCAAUUGCUACAUUGCCAGGCUCGACGUUCUGGGCCAUCGUAUUCUUUGUUAUGCUACUGACUCUGGGCAUUGACAGUGCGAUGGGUGGCAUGGAGGCUGUCAUCACAGGCCUGACGGAUGACUUUAAGAUCCUCAAGAGACAUAGGAAACUCUUCACCUUCGCCACAGCCUUUGGAACCUUCCUGCUUGCCCUGCUCUGCGUCACAAAUGGUGGGAUCUAUGUGCUGACCUUGCUGGAUAAGUAUGCAGCGGGGACUUCUAUACUAUUCGGUGUGUUGAUCGAGGCCAUUGGAGUGUCAUGGUUUUACGGUGUGGACCGCUUCAGUGAAGACAUCGAGCGGAUGAUGGGCUUUAAACCAGGACUCUAUUGGAGGCUGUGCUGGAAGUUUGUCAGUCCAGCGUUUCUUUUGUUUGUGGUUAUAGCCAGUGCUGUAACAUCAUCGGGCCUUAAGUAUGAUGAUUACACCUUCCCUUAUUGGGCCAACUACGUCGGCUGGGGCGUGGCCAUGUCCUCCAUGAUGUUUGUCCCCCUCUAUGCUAUAUAUAAAUUCCUCAGCGUACCAGGAACAAUCAAACAGAGGAUAGCCCUUUGUAUCACUCCAGAGCAUGAACAUCAUUUGGUGGCUGAUGGAAAUAUACGGCAAUUUAAACUCAGUCAUUGGUUGGCCAUCUGAGGACACAAACCCAUACUUCUCCUAUCCAUUCUCACGUCAGUUGUGUGGACUUCCUGUGUGCUACCAGUGAUACAACUCAUGAGGAGAGCAACAGGCUCCAUCAUCUCUGAGCAGAUUUACCACCCAAGGCAUUUGUUGUCAACUGCAGCGUCAAGCGCUGUCAUGCUUAUUCAUAUUUUGAAACCAUUGUACCACCUCAGUCUCAUAAGGGAGGGGCACACUGCCCAUGGACAUUAAUAUGAUUUUGUUUAUUCUGAUUAUUCAUUAUUAUAAUAUUUAAUUUCUAUAGUUUGUGAUGUGACUCUUAUCUCCUAAAGGGAUAGAAACUAAAAUACAAUCCAAAACCAACCCCCUUGUCCCUAAUCCUGUACAGGAGACAACGUGUUCCCGCAUUUAGAAUUGUUUUGGGGCAUGUGGUUAUUUAUUAUCACGUUAAUAAUGUCACCUGUUAUUUUGUCUGAGGGGCUUAUACGUGUCAGUGCCUUAUCAAGCAAGACACUCCAUGUUUUUUUUAACAGUCCGUACAGGGACAAAUCAAAUAAAAACUUUGUUGACUCAGGAACCCACGAAAUCAAACAACAGUCAUCAUCUCGCUGUUGAUCUUGGUCCUUUGGUCCUUUGAUAUUCAAGUGAAGGAGCUGUAAGCAUCAAGGAGCGCUCCUUAGCAAAGACAAAACAGGCCUGAUAUAACGCUUUAGUGUGACGUUGAAUGUUUGAGGAAAGGGAGUAUUGCUCAGCAGUUAAAAAAAAAAAAAAAAAAAAUGAUGCUUUGAAAGGCCAGACAUCCAGGGUGAGGCUGAACCUGGUCAGUUAGGAAGCAAAAUAAUUCAGCAAAACAAAUGGCUCAACUGUUACAGCUUUGUAUUCUUGUUACAUGGUGUUUUCUUAUAUUGAUUUCAUCUGUUAUAUGCUUGUGAGGGAUAUUUGUGGCUUCUUUUUUUUUCCCCAGGGAGAGCAUUCAGAUUGUGUGGUCAGCGAUACGGUGCUGCUGUUAGAUUAGAGCAGGGGUGUCAAACUCAUUUUAUUCCAGGGGUCACGUAAAGCACAAUUUGAUCUCAAGUGGGCCGGACCAGUAAAAUAAUAGCAUAAUAACCUAUAAACACCAAGAAGUCCAAAUUGUUCCCUUUGUUUUACAUUUAAUGAAGUAUCUUUUGGAAAAAUAAGUGUACGUGUGCAUAACAACACACGUAUGUGGAACUGAAAAAUAUAUGAUCAGAUUAUAUUUGUCCCACGGGCCAUAUGUUUGACACCCCUGAAUUAGAGUGACCGCAACAUACCUCCCCCACUGCACCGUUCUAUUAACUACAAUGUUAAGUAGUUGAUUUAUAACUCCUGUAUGUUUCAUCAACACAUUUUUGUGAUGUUGAUCUUUUUUUCAUUACCUUAGAAGUGCCAAUUUGAUGUUUUUUUAUUAUCUUCUGAUUUCCCAUUAUUUAUUGGAUUGAAGUGGAGGUGAAUCAUAAAAGAACUCCCUUCCUGAAAGGAAUAAAGCCACAAAGAAAAAAAUCCAACAAACUUAAAAAUAGAUGUGGAAUAUAUAAGAAGAUAUAAAAUAUAUAGAUAUAUUCUUUUGUUAUAUCUAAUCUUGUAUUUAUCAAAUUGUUUAUAAAAAAAAACGUGAAUGUAAAGUAUUUUAAACGUAACUGUCCACUGUCAUGACAUUGUGUUUGAUGUAUAGCUAAGAUGGACUAUUAAGAAAAAAAAAAUAUUCUAUGGUCUAAUCCUGGGUUAAUUUGUCACAUACAAUUGUGAACUAAUAUGCCCUGGCUUUCCUGGACUGUGUUUACAAAAUACUGUGUACAAUACCAAUGUCCUGUUGAACGUGAGUGACAACUAUCUAUGAAGAAGUCUAAAGUAUAAAAGAAUAUGAUAAUAAAGAAUUUCUUCUACACACA